AUGAAACGGCAAGACUCGACAACCGGGCCGUGGGUGCUCCUUCCGCCCAACUACGCCAGCAUCAACGCAGUCGUGGCAUGUUCCAUCGUGUUUACUCUACUCGCGACAAUUGUUGUCGGGCUACGAAUAUCGAUUAGACGCUCCCGAACCCACCUAUGUGCGGAGGACUGGCUGAUCGUUGCGGCUUUGCCUUUCAUGUAUGCCGAGGCAGUAACAGCAUUGAUGGCUGUCUAUCGAGGAGGAGUAGGGUAUUCCACUAUCGAGGUGUUUAACGCGGACCCGAAUAUCCUCACGAUAUCGCUGCAGUGCCUCUUUGCCAUGGAGCUCAUCUACGCGAUCCUUAUCACUUUGAUCAAGCUGUCCGUCCUCGCGAUGUAUCGCAGUCUAUUCCCGACCCCGCUCCUUAGGAAAGGUACGGAUAUACUCGGCGUAGCCGUUAUCCUGUGGUGGCUGGCCGUGGUGUUGGUGACGUUUCUACAAAGCCGGCCCUUGAACGCCUUGUGGGAUUUGAGGUUCUUCAGCACUGCAGUGUUCCUAGACAAGGUUGGACUGUUCCUUGGAAAUGCCAUCCCGAACAUAAUCAUCGAUGUCUUCAUCCUGGCUCUCCCGCUGUAUGAAGUGGCGACCUUGCAAAUGGUAUUGGUGAAGAAGACGGGUGUCUUCAUGAUAUUCCUGUUUGGUGGCGUUACCGUCGUAAUCAGUGGUCUCCGGCUGCAAAGCGGUAUGUCACUUCUCACCGACCCGACUGCUGAUGUUACCCAUUCCGCUGGUUCUCUUUGGGCUUGGACAGUUGUCGAAACGUCAAUGGGAAUAAUAUGCGCCUGUCUCCCUACGGUAGGAGGCGCUAUUGUGGGUAUCAUCGUGAGGUUGAUCACGACACCGAAGGCGACAGUGCGAAACGAGUCUACAAGCAAGAGGAGUGGCUUCAAGCCCAUCGGCACCAUCGGUGGCGGCUCCGGAAGGGCCAUCCAUCGACCAGCGUUUGCCAAAGUGAAAGGCGAUGACAGCACUGGAUCUUUCGAGCGGCUGAAGGACGAGUCUGGAGAGACAUCAGUGACAAACCUAUGGCCGAAAGGAUAUCAAGGGGAAAGAGAAACGACUGUCAGUGGGAGGCGAAUAUCGAGCGAACAGAGCGAUGAUAUACCCCUGAGUAGCAUAACUGUCAAGCAGGAGAUGUGCUGGAGUGAAAGUAAAGCAGCAUCGUCACCCUAG